AUGGGAAACGGUGCAAAGGCAGCCUCCAAGCGUGAUCGCAAGGAUAAGGACACUAAGGUUGCCAAGUCGCAACUCAAGGUCAACGAGCAGGCUAAGGAUAUCCAAUGUCAAGUCUGCAAGUCGACGUUCCUGAAGACUACUCGGGCUCCAGCUCUCACCGAGCAUGCUACGAACAAGCAUAGCAAGACCCUCGAAGAAUGCUUCUCUAGCUUCACCGAGCAACCUAAGAAAUAG